GCUUUCUCAUUGAUUCCAUGGGCUUCGACCUAGGCAACGUCCCCUACAAUCCCGAUGGCUGGGGUCCGCCGGACACCCCAGCGGUGCCCUACCUUCCCCGCCGGGACGGCGCUUCCACCGCCCCCCAUGUCCCAUUCGCACCAUUCUCUCGCUCCGACAAGCUUGGCCGCAUCGCCGAUUGGACUCGCAACACCAACUUCUUAAAUCCCUCCGCCCGCUCCGGAAAUAGCCGCGACGCCGUCUUCGAUUUUGCCCUGGAUGACUCCGCCGCUCUGGCCGCAGCCGCCGACAAUGACUCCUCCUUCCGUCUGGUUG